CUCAACUGAAGACCAUGGCACUGACCGGGAGUUGGAAGGUGGACCGGAGUGACAACUAUGACAAGUUCAUGGAAAAAAUGGGUAUCAACAUAGUGAAAAGGAAGCUUGCAGCUCAUGACAAUUUGAAACUGAUAAUUACACAAGACGGAAAUAAAUUCACAGUCAAAGAAUCAAGCGCUUUCCGAACCAUCGAAAUAGUUUUUAAUCUUGGUGUCAAUUUUAACUACAGCCUAGCGGAUGGAACAGAGCUCAGUGGGACUUGGAACCUUGAAGGAGAUAAACUUGUUGGAAAAUUCACUCGUGUAGACAACGGAAAAGAACUGAAUGCUAUCCGAGAAGUUGUAGGUGAUGAAAUGGUCCAGACUUACGUAUACGAAGGAGUGGAAGCCAAGAGAUUCUUCAAAAAGGAUUAAACCCUGUUCUUGGAGCACAGCCCGGACCACAAAUUGAAUGGAAAGUCUAUACCGUACCAGAACAGUUCUUCUCUCCUCAAGUAUAAAGUUACUGAUUAGUUCUUUUAUAAACAUUGGCUAAUAUCUUGGAUUCCCACCCCUGCCAAAAGAGAAAAAAAAAAAAGAAAGUGAAAGCUAAUUAGGAUUGAACUUGUGUUACAUUCUCUAAGAUUUAUCGAUGUUCCAAAAGAAUUUGUGACAUUUAAAAACAUGAAUAAAUACAGUCCACACAUUGCUUUAUAAGAG